AUGUGGCUGACAGUGAAGACCGAGCCGUCGAAUUCCGGUGGCACGGCCUCUGCAACGGCCCAGGCCCGUCCCUCUCCGUCCUCCCCAGCCUCGGCGCGCGCAUCCUUAGAGACCCCACCGGCAUCUCCCACAUCGGACCCGGAGGGGCUUUGGCAGGAUCUUUGGGAAUCCAUCAGCGCCAGUGGCUUCCGAGAUGAGCGCAGUGCCAUGUCCCAUGCAUGUGAAAUGUGGCGGCGUCCUUCAAAGAAGAGCUUUUGGUCCAGAUUCGCCCGAGCUGGCCCCUCUCAGGCACAGCAUAGGGACUGGGAGAGAGUGAGCAUGGCUGUGCGUGCUGGAGUCCCGCAAGCCUUGCGAUGCGCUGUUUGGACCACCUGCAGCGGUGCUAUCGGGAAGAAGACCAAAGUGGCUUCCGAGCUGGGCCAAGAAGCGGACGUGCUGUAUCCGUCGUUCGUAUCGCAAGGUUUGAGCUUGCGAAACGAAGCUUCGGGUGUCAUCGAUGUCGACGUCCCACGGACAGGCUGUGUAGAAGCAUUGCUGGAACCCUUGCGCCGGGUUUUGCUGGCCUUUGCCGCAAAGAACCCCCAAAUAGGGUACUGCCAGUCCAUGAACUUCAUUGUGGCAACCCUUCUCGAGUGCUGCGACGAGGAGAGCACCUUUUGGAUUCUCUGCAGCCUUGUGGAGGACAUGCUCCCGGAGAAUUAUUACACGCGGAACAUGAUUGGUGUUCGUGUUGAUAUGAUGGUGCUCAACUCCUUGGUGAUGCGCCACCUCCCAACUCUGCACGCGCACUUCGUUGAGCAUGAAGUCGACCUUUCGCCCUUCACAAUGGGCUGGUUCCUGUGUUUGUAUGUGAACACAUUACCGAAUCCCAGCCUGCACCGGGUGCUCGAUUGUCUACUCCACGAGGGCUCGAAGGUCCUCUUCCGAACUGCCCUUGCCAUCCUUCAUGGCUUGGAACCUUUCUUACUGAAUGCAAAAAGCUUGACAAAAGUCUACGAGCUCUUGCGAAGCCCAUCGUGCCCAGAGGCGGAGCUGCUAAACACCAUGUACGGAUCCUGGCUGAACUGUCUCUCUAUGGAUUCCGUGGUUGACCUUCGGAGCCAGCACCUGAAGGACGUUCUCGAGCAGGACGCCACGGUGGAGGCCCGGCGCGCGGAGCUGCGAGCCCGCCGCGAGAUCGAUCUCGGCCCAGACCCAGGUCCGGUGGAUCCGAUGGUUGCCCGCGCGGCUUACGACGUUUCCGACUGGAAGCCAGCCGCAUCCGGUACUUUUGCGAGGUUCCCGAACAUGGCUCCAGCGGCACGCGGCAGAGAACGUGGCCAGUUUGCCAAGGGCUUCCUUGCCACCCUGCUGGUUGCGGCCCUGUGGGCCGCGAGCAGUGCAGUCUCAGGUGCCGUUACCUUUGUGACUGGUGCAGUUCGGAGUACACCUGAUGCUCGCAGCCUUGUCGCUCGAGAGGGUGGUCGCGACUGGCAUGCGGGCAACGUGAUGAAGAAGAUUGAUUUCAAGGCAGCAGCAGCGCAAGCUCAAGCGCGCAAGAAGAAGAAGGCAGAGAAGGGUGAUGGAAAGAAGGAGGUCAUCGAGCGACCCAAGCGCUUCGAGUCCAGCCCGGUCUAUUACAAGGGAGAGCAGGUCGCCACGCUCAACGGCACGAUGUCGGAGUUCAAGGUCGACAUCUGGAGUGGUGCUCAUCCCGCGUGGCAGGGCAAGAAGGGCAAGGUUCUGCUGGACAACUCUGCCCUCACGAAGUUCCAGGAAAAGUUCGGAAUGGCGGCAGAUGUCUAUGGUGAGCAAGGAAUGGAGCAGGUGAAGGCAAACGAGGAGCUGAAGAAGCAGCAGGAGGAGAUGGCAGCUCAAGGUCUGAAGGUAUACUAA